CGGAACCUCAGUCUGCACCGCAGUCAAUCCACUCUCCUUAUCUGUACACGUCUUAUUUAUCUUUCAAGAUCAACUCAUAUACAAUACAGAAUACCUACAGUGCCCAGCUCUCAUACAGCCGAACCCGCCUGCUCAACCUCAUUCGUAUCGUCAGCCUACGGUUAUCGCCCAUUCCACCCUCAACCCACAAGAUGAAGCCUGUUGUGUCUCUCCUGAACGCAUGGUCCUGUGUGGUCAUUUCUCUCUUCGCAAUCAUCAUUCUCUCAGUCCUCGGGUCACUAUUCCAACGGGAACACCACAGCUUCACUGGCGGCGAAGAAGAACCGGAGAAUGGCGCCGCCGUCGCCGCCUCCAUCUACACCGCUGUCCUUGUAUACCUCGCAUUCUUUGUUUUUUGCGCUUUCCAGGCCUAUCUGCACACGAGAAGCCGCAGGGGCGGUGCUAUAUCCUUGAGCUAAAUCAGGACUCACUCCUUUCCAAACUCCUGCUUGCCUUGCGUGCACCACAGCCUAUCCCACCUCGCGACCGGUUUAGGCUUUUAUAUUCUGGAACGAACGCCAUCCGAUCGUGUGCGGGUCUUCACCGUUUUGCUCCGGAGCUCGAGGAUUAAUGGUCUUAUGAUUAAGGCGCUGGCGGCUGCAUCUUUCGACCCCCUCUUCAAACAGUUGCGCGCUGUGUACACUUUAAUCCCUGUCAUGUUAUAUAUGCAGACAGCCACCUAUCUUGCAUUACAG